ACACCGCCUCGCGUCGAUGUCUCCAUGGCGAAUGGCGUUCAACAUGGCGGCACCACAGGAAGCGGUGAAAAAUCGCACCUGUUCAACUUCACCGGCGUGUCGGCAAACAAGGCAGGCAUGGGGGCGGAUCGAAAACUGGUGGCAGACUUUGUGUAUCAAAAGAGUAAGAACUCACAAUACACGCAGCACCAGAUUGACUUGGACGCCAAGCAGCACGCGCGCGCCGAAGCCAUCGCCAAGGAGCUGACGGACUUCGAGCAGCGCAUGACCUGCACGGAACGUCAAGCUGAAGAGAAGCGGGCGGAGGCAGAGAUGGAAGAACUCGAGAAACAUCGUGAUUUGUCACGGACCCAUUGCGUGGUGGAUAUGGACAUGUUUUAUGCCGCCGUUGAGAUCCGAGACCAACCGGAACUGGCCAACAAGCCGGUGGCUGUGGGCGGCUUAGGCAUGAUUUGUACUGCGAACUACGUGGCCCGCUUGUACGGCGUGCGCUCGGCCAUGCCGGGCUUCAUCGCGGUGGAGAUGGUGAAGAAUCCGCAGCUCGUGGGCUCCAAGAUGCCACCGGAGGAGUUGAUUUUCGUGGCGCCCAACUUUGCGAAGUAUACCAAGGUGGCGAUGCAAACUCGGGAGAUCUUCCGUGAAUACGAUCCCAACUUCCAAGCCUACACAUUGGAUGAAGCCUAUUUGGAUCUGACGGACUUCUUGGGGAGCUCAGGGCGGGAUGCGGAAGAAGUGGUGCAGGAGAUGCGGAAGAAGGUCAAGGAGUCCACAGGCCUCACGUGUUCGGCAGGGAUUGGCCCCAACAGAAUGGUGGCCAAGAUUGCAUCAGAUGAGAAGAAACCGGAUGGACAGACCCGGAUUCAGCCCAGCCGAGAGGCGGUGCUGGAGUAUAUGGACAAGUUGCCCGUGCGCAAACUGCCCGGCUGCGGGAAGGUCCUUGAGCAUCAGAUCUCGACCAUUUUGCAAAUCAACACCUGCGCUGAGCUCCGCGCGGCGGUGUGCCGCGUGCGUCGGGCCUUCGCCAGUCGUCCGAAGACCAGCGCCUUCCUGCUGCGUGCGGCGCUGGGCUUCUCCGGGGAGGAGCUUUCAGAAGAAGGGGAUGAAGUGGGCGCAGUGGGGAGGAAGUCGCUAAGCUGCGAGCGCACCUUCCGCAACGAGUUCCAGGCUGUGGAGCUGCGCCAGCGGCUGCAGGACCUCUGCCGCUCCGUGGCCGAGGACAUGGCGGCCUCAGUCCCGGCCUUGGCAUGUCGCGUGGUGACGUUGAAGGUGAAGACUUCCAGCUUCGAGGUGCGGAACAAGCAGAUCUCGGUGCCUCGGGCCAUUGGCUUCAAGGCCAACUUUGGGGACGGGAAGGAGACCACCGAGGAAGAAGUGAACAGAGUGACGCAAGAACUCUUCAAGCACUUGGAACCGGUGCUGGAAUCCUUCCUACCCUGCACCCUGCGCCUGAUGGGGGUCCGGAUCUCUUGCUUUCGAGAUCAGAAGCAGCUGCUGCUGAAGGGGCAGCGGCAGCUGUGCAGUUUCUUCUCCUCCCGGAAUGAGGCCGCCAAAGACGCGGUGCCGCUGUGUGCGGAUGGAGGGGUUGCAACGGUUGCGAGUGCGAAGGAGGUCAUCGAAUUGUCAGAGGACGAGGCAGAGCUCAUGGAGCUGGAACCCAUGGAGAUAAAGGAUGAGUCCAAGCGCCGCCGGGUCGACAGCGUGUUGUGCCCUGUCUGCGGAAAACGCCUGGUGAUGAGCGAAGCAGAUGGACAUGUGAACGGCCACUUCGCGUGAUGGGACAUUGCGAAGUGUGCGAAGUGGGAGGCGAAAAGGGGUGAUUUAUGGUGAUUUCCACCAUUUUUCAAAAAGUGUUUGAACAUGAUGUUUACUGGGGCGGACACGGUACAAAUGGCCGAUUCAAUAGGAA